GCCCCUGUCAACACACUCGUUGAAAAGAUGGAUGGAUGGAUGGAUGGCGGAUCCAAUGGAUCGUGGGCUGGCAUCGGAUUGAUUCUCUUGGACUCGUGAUUGGCCACCCGUGGCCGCCAGCAACGCCUAGCAUUCCGAUUCAUGAACAUCCUUCAGUAGAUCGAUCCGGUGGGCUGCCCUGUCGAAUUUGACUCCUUCAAAGUCCGAGAUCCGCCUUAUACUGACAGUCUGUUGAAAUAUCUAUCUGUAGAGAGGAUGGCGCCACCGUCCGAAUGAGUCCGUGAUAUUCAGCAGCACGAAGAGUGUCUGCUUGUUCUUUGGACCCACCCGCCAUAAUCCCACCCACCCACCUGGAAGUGUAUUUGAGACCCCGAGGGUCGGGACAGAACAAUUGGCCAGUCACACCACCAGUCCCUUCUUGACGUGGCUCGUUUUAUCAACCUCAUGGGUCUCGGCGGGGCUGACUGCCGAUGUGGGUGGGCUGUGCCCGGUGUCCGUCGAUUGGUGGGCUGAGACUGGGGCCGAACGGCGUGACCGUGAUUCAGUGUCAGGUCCGCACUGGAACCUUUGAGACUUGAGCUAGAGUAAUGAUGAGCAAGUUGGCUAUGGCGACCAUCACUCGUCUUCGAUUCAAGCGCAGGCAGGUAUACUUGCCGAAAAACUCGUCCAUUGGCCUUUACACCAGCUCGACCUCGAUGGCCGUCAGGAUCUUCGUCUUUCUCCACUCCUCAGCUAAUUUUCCUGGCAUUGAUCGACUGUCCGAUCCCCUUUGAGCUGGGCCUGACCCGAUUAGCCCUGACAUUAGCCCGAGUUAUGUCUCGAGUCGUGAACCCCUCACUCGAACCCCUCAGGGUUUGGACCAGGUCGCUCAUGGGUUGACCACCUUAUCGUUCUCGAUAUUCGCCAGGUCCGACCUCAGACAUGGACCCGUCGCACCCCUAUCCCUAUUACGUGACUGAUCCGCCCGUGACUGGGCUGGAUGCGGGCCCUGGCUCGCGUUCUGGGCUCAGUCACCUCUCUGCCGCCAUUCAGCAACAGGAACACCAACGCCAAGGAUACUAUGCCCCACCGCCUGGUGGCAGUCCAUCUCAGUUACCCAUUAAACACGAUCCUCCGGAUCCUCGGAGUGUGGUUUUGGAGCGGCGACCCUCUGUUAGUACUGCUUCAGUCGGCGGACGAGUCGCGAAAGUCGCUCCGAUGCCGCCUAUCGUUCCUUCUCCGUCGUCUACUGCGUCUUCGCCCUCGACCCGUCUAGGUCCCGGCUCAUCGCCGACCUUGUCCCCGGAAGAGGCCCAACCGAAUAGCCCCUUACCCUCGAGGCUAACAACUUCGCCGACCGUUAAAAAGUUGAGUCCGGCUGAAAUUCAGCGGAUUCGCAUUAACCAAGCCAGUGAAUAUUAUCGAAAGCAACGUGAGGCUCAAAACGAACGCGACAGACUGAGAGUGGUUGAGCAAGAACAAAAGCAACGAGAAAUUCAGUUAGAACAGCAACGAAUACUGGAACGACGACGGACCUCUAAUCCUCACCCGGUAUCUAAUCAUUCUUCACAUCAUCCAACCCAACAAUGGACAGGUGCUCCUUCCUCAACCGGGUUGAUGAAGCCCAGUGCGGCAGAAAUGCACAUUUCCCCCGGGCCUGUUACAAUCCAGAGAGAAGGAGGAGAAGGUAUGGGCUACGGUGGAUAUCAAGCUAGCGGCUUUCAUACGACAAAUGCACCUCAACCAUACCAAAACUCAACUUAUGGAGGGCAUACUUCUCAUACCAGUAAUCCUCCACACCAUCCGGCCAUGAUGGCCACAGGCGUAACAAGCCAAACCAGUAGGAAUAUCGAUUUAGGCGCGGUGGUUCAAUCGACCAUUGUUAAUAACGUGUCCAAAGAGUUCACCCAACAUUGGAUCAUUGUGGGGCAGGACAUGCGCACAUUAUUGCUGGACUUCAAUGGGUCAUUUACCCUGUUGAUUCCCAACGUAGAAAAUGGCCAAGCAUUUCGGGUGAACUCAACCUCAAUGGAGAUACAAUCUCGAUCAUUGAGUAACGGCCAAAAGUUGACCUUUAUGAAGUUUCAGUUUCGUGAUCCACCCACGGAAAUCGUCGCUCCAGUGCUGCAAGACAAGAAUAUGGGCUAUAAAGUACUAAAACAAAACAGUGCGUGUGUGUUUAUCGGCAGAAUUUUGGAUGAAAUACGUCCCAAUGCCCAAGUGCCUUCAAGUGUCUCGUCAUCUAGUUCCCAUGGUUCUGGUUCGCUUCAGUCUGCUCCUCUUGCCCUUCUUACACCUCCUGCUCCGCCUCCUUCUCGGCUGUCUCCUUCCCAGUUCUCGUCAACUUCCCUCAACAAUCUCGGUCCAAUGAUACGUCAAGUUAGCGAGACCGUUUAUGGAGGUCACGAGGCCGAACUACUCAUUGCCCCUCCUCCCCAGCAACUUCAUUUUAAACCCCAAACAGACGAACCUCAGGAAAACAGCUUCCCUUUUUACCCAGAACCAACCAAAGUGAUUACACUUCCUAAUGUUACUCUGAAUGAGAAAAUCAAUCCAGUAGAUUUGGGACCACCAAAGCCAUCUAUGCCAUUGUGGCAUGGAAAUCCUAAUUUGAAAGAUGUCAUGGCCGAAUCCCCACACCCUCCAAUGGUAUCCAGUCAGUUACAGAAUCCUUCGUCCGUAGCUCCGCAAAGUCAGCAUUCAUCUCCUUUGCAAACAGUGGUUUCAAGUUCAACGUCUCACGAAUGCCAUCAACAAUCUGCGAAAAUGAUCCUCUCGCCGAAGACUCCGCCCUCCGCCACCUCUACUCUUUUCGACCAGACGAAUCCCCUCGAAAGUUCAAAUUCAGUAUUUUCGGCCUCUGAAAACAGACCCAAACCCGUUCGCUCGGCAGAUUUAGCAAAUGUGUAUCCAGCGUUGAAAGAUGAAGAGCGUCAAAAGCUGACUCGAUGCCGAUUUUGUGAACGGACCUUUGUAUUCGUCAGUGAGCUCCUUGUGCACAUGAAAAUCCAUGUCUUGGAUGUGUCGAAAGUCGCAGAAAUGUCUCUCAAGACGUGGGUUCAAGGCCGUAGAUUAAAGUGCGAUGUCUGCAAAAACAAGACCAGCUACACUUUAGACUAUGCCAAACACAAAGAUGAUCAUCCCAUUCUCGGACUAACAUGUUCACGCUGUUCAAUCCAUAUUAAGUCCCCUUUGGAGUUGGCCAUGCACAUGGAAAAAGAUCAUCCUAUUCAAAUCUUUGAAGUCAAAAGUCAAGGUAAAACUGGGACUUCCGAAACUAGUGAGGCUACUGAAAACAACUUCAAAAACAGUCAUCCGGAUCCUUUGAACAAGUCAGAUUUAGUAAAAGAAAAAGGAACAAAUGGAUCAUCCGAUUUCCCCAGGAAUUUAGAGCAACCACCAAAGACAGGUUUUCCACCUAAGAUAUGUGUCAAUCCUUGUCAUGCUCUUUCCCCGGUUGGUACCAAUCUGUCAUCUCCUUCUCAUUCAAUAGCUCUAAUUCCAUCUACAUCUUCUUGUGCUUCAAAAUGGGAACAAUCUCCAAUUCAGGACCGACAAGAAGAACCUCCACUUCAAUCACUUCAUGUAAUGGCCACUCAUUCACUUUCGAUCGAGCCGCCCGACACUCAACGUUCCACGGAAAUCAACUCAAAGAUGUCGGAAACGACUAUAAAUGCUCACCAGGAUGAAGAUCUGGAAGACAAUCGCAUCAUUGACGACUUGGCUAAACACCUAUGUGAAGAGGUUUUGGAGCAACCUCUUCCUGGUUCGACUCCAGCGCAGCCGACCGUUUUCCCAGAUGUUAAUUAUAGCCAUAAGAUCAUGGCAGAGACCCAUUGUUUCCCAGAAAAAAAUCCCUUGACUUCGCAAUCUUCUAUCGGACCAAAAGAAAUUGAAGUCAAAACUCUGUCAAGUGUUAUGCCAAAUAAUUCUUCCGUUGACUCGGCAGAAAUAUCCGAUCUGGAUGAAAAAAGUAACCAUCCAAUGUCUAAUAUGCAUCCCUUGGGAUCAAGCUUGAGCCAGUUUCAUGAGAUUGAUUCUGACCUGCCCGAUUUUAACUCAGUCAUUCGAGAAUCAUGCCAAGGUCCCCUAACUGUGAGAACCAUGCCUCAUAAAGAUCCGCACCUACUUGGGAAGGUGGAAGAUCUAAUCAAUUAUGAAGAAGCCGAGAUAACACCAGAAACCACUUCUGCAUUGAUGACGCCUUCGGCACCGGAAGCUUCUUUGGCAACAGUGACAUCUUUGACAACAGAGACCUCUUUGACUUGGACCACUUCGGGAGCAGAGGCUCCUUUGGCAACAGGGACAUCUUCGACAACAGAAACCUCUUCAACUUGGACCACUUCGGUAGCAGAGGCUCCUUUGGCAACAGUGACAUCUUCGACAACAGAAACCUCUUCAACUUGGACCACUUCGGUAGCAGAGGCUCCUUUGGCAACAGUGACAUCUUCGACAACAGAAACCUCUUCAACUUGGACCACUUCGGUAGCAGAGGCUCCUUUGGCAACAGUGACAUCUUCGACAACAGAGACCUCAUCGACUUGGACCACUUCGGCAGCAGAGGCUCCUUUGGCAACAGGGACAUUUUCGACAACAGAAACCUUUUCGACUUGGACAACUUCGGUAGGAGAGGCUCCUUUGGCAACAGGGACAUCUUCGACAACAGAAACCUCUUCAACUUGGACCACUUCGGUAGCAGAGGUUCCUUUGGCAACAAGGACAUCUUCGACAACAGAGACCUCAUCGACUUGGACCACCUUGUCAGAAGGGACUAAUUUGGCAACGGAGACUACUUUGGCAGAAGGGACUACUUUGGCAACGGAGACUACUUUGGCAACGGAGACCACUUUGGUAACGGAGAACUCGUUGGCAACAGAGACGUCAUCGACAACAGAGACGUCUUCGACACCAGUGAUCUCUUCGACUUGGACAACAUCGGAAAAGAGGAGUCCUCUCUCAACGGAGACUAUUUCGGUAAUGGAGACCUCUUCGGGAAGAGAGGCUCCCUUGGCAACACAGACGUCCUCGACAAUUGAAAGCUCUUCGGCACCAGAGACCUCUUUGGCUAGGACCACUUUGGUAACAGAAACUCAUUUGGCAACAGAGAUGUCUUCAGCAACAGAGACGUCCUCGGCAACAAAGACAUCCUUGGCUACAGAGACCUCUUCGGCAAGGCCCACUUUGGUAGCAGACACUCCUUUGGCAAGAGAAACUCCUUUGGCAAGAGCAACCACUUCGGCAACAGAGACGUCUUUGGCAGCAGAGACGUCUUUGGCAACAGAGACGUCUUUGGCAACAGAGACGUCUUUGGCAACAGAGACGUCUUUGGCAACAGAGACGUCUUUGGCAACAGAGACCUCUUCGACAACAGAGACCUCUUCGACAAGGCCCACUUUGGCAACAGAUACUCCUUUGGCAACAGAGACGUCUUCGACAACAAAGACGUCUUCGGCAACAGAGACCUCUUCGACAAAAGAGACCUCUUCGACAAGGCCCACUUUGGCAACAGAUACUCCUUUGGCAACAUUGACGUCUUCGGCAACAGAGACGUCUUCGACAACAGAGACCUCUUCGACAAGGCCCACUUUGGCAACAGAGACGUCUUCGACAAGGACUACUUUGGCAACCUCUUCGGCUGGAAUUCCUGUUUUGCCAAAAAUUUCAAAUGGUAUCAAUCAUAGUUUGGAUCAACAAUUAUCAACAGAAUUUAACACCUCGGAAAAGGUGACCACAGAAGACGAGGAUUUCGAAUUAAAACUGUCUGAAGAUUCCGAUUCGGACAACGAACCACCGGAGCGGCAUGUUUGCGAAAUUUGUGGCGAUGAGUUCGCAACACCCACCUCACUCAAGAUACACCGAACGAAAUGCAAGAACAAUGACGAGCGGCUUCAAUGCAGUGUAUGUUUAGAUUGCUUUAUGUCAACCACCUCAUUGAACAUGCAUUUGACAAUGUGCAAGAAAAAGAUGAAGAUGAAAACCCUCGGCGUUGGUGAUGAUUCUGUGUUGCCGACACCCCUCCCUAUUCCUGCGACCUCAUUCAUCCAUCAAAAAGAAAAAGACGAUUUGAAACAGAGGGAUCUCGAGGAGGACCAAGAUCCAUCAAUCGAAAAGACACCGGCUGUCAUAGCAAGGGAGGAUCAAGGCGAGAAGUACAAACUUUUCUCGUCUCAAGGUCCUGCUCGUCUCUUUCCCGCCUCCCCUUAUCCUCCUCUUCCUCCUCUUCCUUCUCCUUCUCCUCCUCCUCUUCAUCCUUCUUCGCAACCUUUGGGUGCUUUUCCUUUCCCUUCACUGAAUGCAAAAACCACCACGGGCCCAACUCAGUCAUCAUUUCUCGAUUCGAUUUGCAAAAUUGGUAAAAAGUUACCUUCGGAGGACCCUGAGGUGGUGAGGCCUGUGGUGGUGAACAUUCGCGAGAAAAAGUCUGCCAAAGUUAAAAAGAAAAUGGGAAAGCACCAUCCCAAGUCGAUGUUGAAAAACAACACUCCAUUAUCUCUCACGUCGUCUAUAUCCCCUUUAAAAGAUGACACAUUGGCCGUAUCCAAAGACGCAAUACUAAAAGAUCAUGGGGAUGAGGAGAACACGCGGUUCCAAGAUCUAAAUUAUGACACAGUCCUGUUUGAGAACUCCCAGGGCAUUAAAUUGCGUCUCAAGAAGCAACCUGUUGGGGAUAAAGGAAGUGUGCCAAGUUCCGUUGAGAGUGCAAAGAAUGCCAGAAAGAACAGCACCUUUCCCAUAGAGAAAGAGAAACCAUGCCCACAAUCAGAAUUCAUACCAACGUCUGAACCCAAAUCUAAAUCCAAACUUAAGCUAGUGUCGAAGAAAAAACAUUUGUGCAAUGAGAUUACGUCCACCCCAAGAAAUGAAACAAAAAAGACAGUCGCCCCCUUGAAAUUGUCCAUUCUGAUGCGCAAAAAUUCGACUCUCGCCGCUCAAGAAGCCAACACCCCAAAAGAAGAGCCUUUAAAGCUGAGGAUUUCCUUGAAGAGGCCAAGUGGAUACUCCGAGCCCUCAGUCACGCCUCAUAAGUUACGCAUUCGAAGUCAAGCGAGCCAGUCUACUGUGGCACCCAUGAAGCUGAAAAUAUCGAAGUCGAGUGGUACGAAACAAACUGCAACAAACUUGAGUCAUCAACCUCCACCAUCAGCUCAUAAGCCUUUGAACUCUGUCGUACCCCCAAUUCUCGCCAAAUCAUAUGCCACAACUCCAGAAAAUCCUACUAGAAUCCCCAAGCUGGUCCUUCGAACGAGUUCAAUACCAGGAAAGGAUUCAUUUUCCCCUUUGAAAAGUUCAAGUGUCUCGGACCUCGAGGAGAUACCCAAUUUCCGUUCUCCGUAUUCGACCAUGGUGCACAUACGGAAAGACCGAUGUGGACGGCUCAACCGAUCCACAAAACCUAAACGGGUGGAUUCGUUGGCCAAUCAUUUGCUGGCUUUAUCGUGUCAAGUUAGGCUUCAUCCGGUAAUGCUAGAGCACGUUUCACCCCGAGAAGUUCACCCAUCUCAGUUGAAGAAUGUGUUCCAUUUGUGUCCCAAGGAUUUGAGCCUUCUCGAAAAGAAUAGCAAUUCAGCUCAACCCGUCAAACCCAAACAUGGGUCCAGCCCAUUUUCAGGACCCAAAAGAAGUCUCGUUAAGCGCUCCAAGAUGUCGGACCAAACGGUAUGGCGAGACAAAACCCCGGCAAGUGACUCACCCGAUGGACAACCUUUGAGCUCUCUUCUAGCUACUAUUGAGUGCAAAAAUCCCACCAGCUCUACUUGUGAUGAAAGUUCUCAGUCGAACUUAAACAGUUUGAGAAAUGUCUAUCGAACCGAUGAAUAUUCCGCUGCCUGUUUCCGUUUGAACAACGAAUGUGAUGGGGGCGUAGAUGGCGAUGUGUCUUCGAAUGAAAACGAUGACAUGUGCUCAGAGUCCGUCACAACACGUCUAUUCUCGGCGUUUAAGGUGAUUUCUUCUUUGGAAGAGACCCGGGAGAUCGUUCAAGAUCUUCUCUACGAUCUGGUCGGUCAAAUCUCAUUCGAUUCACAAUCCACUCAAUCCCCAGCACCCGCGUCCACUCCAAGCAACACGACCAAAUUUGAAUGUUUCCGGGUUCCAAGUGGAACAUCCAACAUCAAUGUCAAGAGACCACCCUUGAAACGAAGUGGAUCCGGUUUAGAUCGGAGUGACUACACCAAACGUCGGAAACGACGUCGAAAAUUGGUCGAUAAACUCAUCAUCCGUACUCUCAGAUCUCCCUCAACCUCCACAGACGAGGAUAGCAACAAUGAUCACCCGGAUUCGACCAAAAAAGUUUGCUCUGGAAUCUUAAACGAUCUAGUGUCCACGGUUGUGGCGCGAGAGCCCAGAAUGAUCAUUCCAGCACUUAUCUUAAAGCGCCCACCCAUUGCAAAGAAGAACCCUAUUGAGGACAACAAAAUUGUGCCUCCUUUGAAAAUCAAGCUGUCGGAAAACGCGAGCACGUCCAAAUCGACAUCUCCCUCUUGUGUCAAGCCAAAUGCGUCUGUAAUAGAAAUUACCUCCAAUCACUCGAUGGCCAGGCGAAAAGGACCACCUCCACCGACGCCAUUUACAACCAAAAUGACCCGUCCAAAUAAUCGAGGCCCGAAUAAGUCUAAUGGGAGCACAAAAUUGACAAGCCCGGGCCCAAAAAGUGUGAAAAUAAAGAAGCUCCUGAAAAUCACCAACAAGCCUUUGCCUCCAGUUUCGAGUUUAAUACAAGACGCCCAGGAACGAGAAGUAAUUGCCAAAGCUAUUGACGAGAUUGCUCAAAUGGACAUGGACUCGCCUCAACGACCUCAUUCUCAUUUCGAUGCCAAGUUGGAAAGGGUCCCAAUCAAGAAGCCACUACUUUCUCCAACAAAUGUGAUCUCGGACGAUUCGACUAAGCGUCUCAAAACGUGGCCCACGAAAAGAGAGAUGUGGAUCUGUGACACAGACCAGCGAAGCCUUUCUCCAAUUUCAGUUUCCGUGAGUCCACCCGUUUUCGCCAAGAAAUCUCGAGCUUGUCCGUCCAUGUCUCCCGCUCCUCAUCGUAUUUGCUUACCCGUCCAACCCUCGACUACAAGUCAAACGCCAUUUGUGGCUAGAAAAUCUGGCCUUCCGCCAUCCGCAUUGUCACCGACGCAUCCUUACGAAGAAGCAUCGGAUGAAUCUUCUUCCGAAAGAGCUGUCUCUGAAAUAUUAUGGAGCAAAGAAAGCUUUGGCCUCAACCCCGAGGCCUAUAGCGUGAUUGACCAUCUCUUUGAGAGUGAAGUACAAAAAUUGGCAUCCUCGAUUGCGAGUAGCUCAGAGGAACCCGAAGCCGAAGUUGAAUCUGAAUCCCAGCCCGAAUCUGAAUCCCUGCCCGAAUCGUCUCUGGAUCCGGCCAGUGCAAAAGAUUGGGUGACCAAGAUCCUCCUUGAUCUCAUUAGCAAUAUUGUGGAUAGAGGAGUGGAGCCGGUCUCUGUUCCCGUCCAGACAGAGGCGUUCGAGACUCGAAUCAAAAGCAUUAUUCUCGAUGUGGCGGAUGAGGCCGUUUUUCGUUCCAAAACUCGGCCUAUCGACAUUCAAGAGCUCUCCAACUAUAAAUUGGCUAAGAAAUAUUCCGAUUUCCGUUGUUUGCCCCAAGAAUUUAAUUACGACUCCGACUUGGGUCGGAGUGAAGCCGUCUCCUCUGAGGCUGACGAGUCCCAACGCGAAAUUACGUGCAAUAACCAACCCCUCUUUGUUGUCUGGAAAGAAACCAAUCCUAGUCCAUCAGCAAUUCCCCCCACUAAUGUAGAGAGCUCCAAUGGGACAUCGGCUUUGUCAAAAUCUCUGACAUCCCCUCCCAAGAAAAAAGGCCCUUCUGGUUCAAGUGGCGCGUUCUCCAGGAAAAGUUAUGUGAAACGUCGGCGCAAAAGAUCCAAUCAAGCCGCCUCCAAAGCGCCAUUUGAUCAACUCAUCUCCAAUACGAGACGCAAGUAUGGCAUGGUCAAGGUACAGCAACAGCCAUCACCGCCACCAACACCAACACCAACACUACCGUCAACUACCACAGUGAUGACAACAGAUUCUGACACUUCCUCGAAUAUGAUCACGGAUGAAUUUCUCCUUCUGGAUUGUUCGGAAGACUCAUCAAACUGUUCCUUGUACGACGAUCCCGCCAAAUCCACGCCUUCGCCAACCCCAAGUUUGACCUUCGACCCACCUGGAAUGUUUGUUGAUGAUGAGUUCUCACCCGUGAAUUCUAAUUCCGAAACUAAAGAAAGCGAUUUUGACGACGAGGAUCAGAUUGAAGGGCAGAAGAGGGCUCAAUAUCAAAAUUCGCCUACGACGAAAAAGCCGCUCCUAAAGAACGUUUUCGUUCCAUCCCAUCCUAUUCAGACGCGAAUGAAGAAGCGAACCUUGCGAGGAUCUACCAAACUGUAACGAGUCCUUGUUGUUUUGUUUCCCAAAGUCUAUGCAAAUUAAUCGUUUUUUCUCAUUGAAGCAACAACUGCUUAGCUAGCUUAGAAUUCAAGAAGUAAGAUCGAGCCCGAAAUUAAGAAAAUGACCCUUGUUUAGUACA